UAUUCCCUCGUCGACACCACAGUGCGCGUGCCGACGCAGGAUUUCGAGCCGCGAACUGCAAUCUGGAUGUCGCCGCGUCAGACCCAUGAGCAUAAUAGAUUCCUUGCCGACGACUUCCUCAGGCGUGCGAUACUCAUGCGCGAGAAAGGUGUCCCUGGUCCAGAUCCAGAUACCGUCAUUACUUGGGAACGUCACGAUUACGGAGGGCUGCCCUCACCUGAUUUGCGCCGGAGUGACGCCGAAAGAGACUCCCUCGACGACUUCGUGGUACCCGAGUCGGACCACGAUGGCGAUGCAUCGUUGGACCAGGAGGCCAACCAAGAAGACGGGCCUGACGGUGACUCCGCAUCAUCUAUGAUUGUAUCAGAUUCGGAUGGCGACGCUGAGAGCGUCGACUCGUCCGAACGUGACUUCACACAGCUCGCAUUCGCGGAGAGAGCUGUGGACGAUCUGGACAUCAUUCCGCUGGUCGAGGCGUCGCAGGAGCUGAUGUCGAUCGAGCGUAUUAUGGACCCUCUCGGCUUCCUCGACGAGCAGGAAGCAAUCAUUGCGAUCAUCAAGGAGUCCCGUGCACGCAAUGCCACUGCAUUUGCAGAGACAAAUGCUACUGCGCCGAAAAGCGAGAGCUCUCCGGUUGAUCUAGAUCUGAAUGCUGAGAAGAGUGGAAAGCAUGGCAUGGAACCAUUACGUUGGCACAAACGACUACGUCGUCGGACUAUUCAAGUAAUCAAGACCGAACAUGGCCGCGUUAAGGGCGCUGUCAUCCGCGUCGUCGGUCUGAUCCGCACUCAUUUAUGUCUGCGGACCGUAUCUUCGUCUUCGUAA